AUGUCAACAACAAAAGAAAUAACAGUAAAAAAAAUAGACAAUGAAAAUAUAGAAAUUAAUGGAGUGCAAAUAACUAUCGAUGAAUAUAAUAAAAACAGAGGUAAUUAUAGCAAUAGAAAUAUCGAUACCAGUUUUAAAGAAGAAUAUGAAAACUUAGCCAAAGAGAUAGAAGGAAGUAUCGAGGAUGGCCACGGAGACGCCUUACCUUAUUUAAAGAGCCUAGUUAGCAAAAAAAAAGCAACUGGUCAGGGAUUAGGCGAAAAACCGGCUUACCAAGAUAUCGAAAAGGCUUGUCAGGAAGCACCCCAAAUUAAUAAAAGUGAUUAUGAUUCAGAAAUAGAAGAUAUUCGCACCGCGAUUGAUGAAGCCGAUAUUAACCGCAAAAAAGAAGCCGCAAUAAAGUCCAACGAUAAAGGCAAUCCCGACCAGAAAAGAAAAAGAGAAGAAGAUAAUAUUCCUGAUAACGCAAAAAAAUCUCGUCUGGACGCCAAUGAGACUAAAAGUGUCGCCGAGUUAAGAAACAAAACCAUUGAGAAAAUAGAUAAUAAUAGUUUAGCCACUGCUAUCAAAGUUGCUACCCAACUAGAAGGAGAAAAGGAAUACCAAAAAGAUACUGAAAAGGUGAAAUUAGCCGAAGAAGAGUUAAUGAAAAAAGAUUACGGAUUAUAUGUCAAAACCGUUGUUGAAGCUAUUCAAAAACGAAUCAAAGAUUACGGACUUAAUAUUACUAUCGGCGAGGAUGGUAAUGUAGUAAGUGAUAUACUUGAUGCAGAAACUAAAAGAGAAUACCAAUAUCUACUUUUUGUCGAAGGUGGGGCAAUGACUAGUGAAGAGGAACUUUAUGAGAACCGAGCCAGUUUUCAAAAGUCCAAAGACCAAGUGAUUAAAAAAAUUGGGGAAUUAGGAGCCAAGAGCAAAUGA